AGAGAGAGGUGUGGGCUUGAAAAGGCGGAGAAGAAGUUAAUGAAAAAGACCAGGAGGGGGUGAAGGGAGAGGACACAGAGAGAGAGUUCCUGUGAGACACCAGUUGUUUAAUCAUUGUGCUUGUCAAGAAUGUGCUAUAAAUUCACUUUCUGUCUGCAUGUUCAUUUUUACCCUGGAUCGACUGAUUUCUGAGCUUUUCUGUGACUCUGCUUCAACUCUGCACAGCAAAACAUCACCUGGAUCUGCUCAAAUGCAUCUAACUGAGGACUGUAGACUUCUCCUGCUGGAUCGGUGAGCCAGAUGAACAACUUUACACCCCUUCACUUCUACAGAACCAAGGGGAAGAAUGUGUGUGUUCUCAUGCUACUGUGUGUUCCCCUCUCCAUGAUGGACAUCCCUGGUCCUUGCAAACAUGCCAUAACCAUGGACCACCUGCUACAACUAAAACAACUAAUCAGUAAUCAGCUGCGGACUGGCUGUUCAAUCACAUAUACAUUCAUAGAAAGAAAACACCUGAGCGUGGUGUGUUAUGUCAAAGCUGCUCUGCCAAGGGUGCUCGAACUGUUUAACGUCCACUUCAGAUACGUGCGGGGCUCGGGAAGCGCUCAAGCUGUGGUCUCCAUACAGAACCUCAUUCUCAACUUCUACUCCCAACACUGCAUACCGUCACUGGACGAGCAACUGGAGGAGGACCCUGUAGCAUUCGAGAGGCAAUACAAAGAGUCUCCUGUCCAAGCACUUCAAAGAGUCGAGGAGGUUCUGUCCCUCUACUUGCACCUCAUCACAACCGCAAACACUCCUGUUAACUGGACCUGCGAGCAAGAGUAUAGCAGCAAUCUACCCUCUACUGUAACACAGCUAACCACCAGCACAGAGGUUGCGGUAGGAUCGUUCGGGCAAGAUCCUCAGGAGUCGUUCAGCGAUGAUUUCUACAGGCUGGGCUUCAUUGUGGUCUCCAUCUGUGGAGGAUUUCUUAUUUUACUCACUGCCUACUGCCUCCUAGAGAGAAAGAAGCUUCAGCGUCAGCUUCACAGAACAACAAUGUCAUCAGAUUGGGGAUUGCAUGUUGUUGAAAACUUUAAAAUCCAAGAUGAAGAAUACGAGAUGAAUGACCAACGGACACAGCUUGGCUUACACCUCUCCACUGUCUUCUAACUGAUGUGACUUUUCUGGAUGCUUACAAGAGAGUAUAAACAGUUAAAAUAGACUGUGUACUUCAGAAAGACUAUGAUCAUGACAAGAGGAAACAGAACUGACUAAAAGAUAUUCUUCCAAUUUGUCAAGAUAAAUCAUAAGCUUUGGACCUUGUACAUAUGUAAAUGUGCAUAUUAUUACAAACAUCUAUUUCUGGACUGCUGGAAAAGUCAAUGUAUUGCAUGCUCAGUAAUGCUACAGUUACAAAACACAGGAAAAUCAUUCAUUUGCAAUUUGUUUUAGUUGGAUGACAGUCUAUAUAUUGAUGUUAUUGUUCAUAUGUGAGCAGUACCUUACAGUAAAGGCUAAGUUUGUUAAUUAA